UUUUAGUGGAUGGUUAAAGGCAUCGCCUUUACAGCCUUCCUGAGACCUAGAAGUACUGUCUCCCUGGGUUUAGAAAUGCCUUAGCAUUUCUGGGUCAGUAGUAUUGACAGUACCUCUUGAGUACGUUGUUACGGCGCUGAGAGUUGUGAGUUCGUGCCCAUGCCGGGUGGAAUUUCCACUCUGUCACAAUUGCACAAAAGUAAAUGAGUCUACAAGGAGGGACAGGCCUGUUCUUUAAAUGGUAUAAACCUGAACUUCCAAAGACCUUGCUAUUCAUAAUUAUCCUCCAUUUCAACGUUAAUCUCGAAGCGAGGAAGGAUCACAACUUUGGACAACUUCCCUAAGGUCAUUUUAUCCUAUCAGAGAAAUAAUGAAGGUGUUCCAGGAGAGAAAGGAUGGGACAGUGAACUUUUACCAUGGAUGGGACCAAUACAGGAGUGGGUUUGGGCAGUCAUCUGGAGAGUACUGGUUAGGCCUAGAAAACACCCAUCUCCUCACUCAGAGGAAGAAGUAUGAGUUGAAGGUGGAUCCGGAGGACUUUGAAGGGGCUAAAGCCCACGUGCAGUACUCCUCCUUCUCUGUCCACUCUGAGCAUGAAGGAUACAAGCUGCAUUUAAGUGGCUUCAAAGAUGGAGCCUAAAGAACAUUUACAUUUCUCCUCCUUUCCCGUGAAACAACAGUAUUACAAAUCUGAAAGGACUACUUGGUCGAUACAGUCUGAAGAAAGUUAUACUGUAAAUGGAAAUGUGGAACAAUCCCUUGCAUUUCAGGAAAAUCUAUGGGAUGAACACAAUGGGCAGAAGUUCUCCAUCUUCGACAAAGACCAGGGCACUCACGCUUCAAACGGUGCUAAAUCACAUCUAGGAGGAUGGUGAUAUGGAGAAUGCCACAGUGUCAAUCCCAACGGGGUAUAUCUGUGGGGCGACUCAAUCUAUGGUAUUGGUAUCAACUGGAUGUAUUGGAAAGGUUAUAAAUACUCUUUAAACGCCAUUGAAAUUAAGAUAAGGCCUGUGGUAUAAGUUCAGAACCUCUCACACUUUGCAUUCAAAUAUUACCUUUCAAGUUAUGAAAAUAUUUGGAAAGCCACUGAAGUUUAAACAUUUUAAAGCUAAUAAAUUGAAGGGAAAAAAGCUUUGUCUCGUUUUAUUGAAGUGUUGCCAGUCUUACCGUAAACCUUCAUUACACUGUUAAAAUACAGUAGUAACACACUAAUAUCCUCUAAAAGCUGGAGGAACAGUUGCAGGAGUCCCGAUUGGUCUGAGACACACUGAGCCCUUAGUUCGUACGGCUAGGUUACCGGGUUUGAUUAGAGGCCCACAAACAUCAGUCCUUAACUUGUCUCAUCUCAGUCUCAUCUUUGUUGAGCACAGUCAUUGAUAGUUUAAGAAGUGGUUAUGAAUGUUCAUAAGGAAGGUUUCUGGUCUGAGGCGUGGGUCUUUUACUAAGGAUUUAUCAGGAAGGUCUCAACAGUACUCUUUUGUUGUGUCUAUACACAAACACUCUCUUCUCUGUAUAUAUCAAUGAUGUUGCUCUUGCGGCUGGUGAUUCUCUGAUCCACCUCUACGCA